UUUAUCCAUUUUCACUAUCCCUUUUCUCUCUAGAGAAAACACUUAGCCAUGGUUUUGCAAGAAGCUUCAAACCCCGAUCACUUCUUUCUCACUAACUUGGCUUCUCACUUUGGCAGAAAUUCACUUCCAAGAUUGAGGAUGCCAGAGAGGUCCACACAAAAGGAGGUAGUAUACCAAAACAUACACGACGAGCUUCUGCUUGAUGGGAAUCCAAAGUUGAAUAUGGCUUCCUUUGUCACCACAGCCAUGGAGGAAGAGUGCAACAAGCUCAUUAUGGAAUCUAUCAACAAAAACUACAUCAAUAUGGAUGAGUAUCCUGUUACCAAUGAACUCCACAACCGGUGCGUGAACAUGAUAGCACGUCUAUUCAAUGUUCCAAUUGGAGAAAAUGAAAGUGCAGUUGGAGCAGGAACUGUUGGGUCGUCUGAGGCCAUAAUGUUAGCUGGGCUUGCAUUCAAGAAGAAGUGGCAGAACAAACGCAAGGCUGAUGGCAAACCCUAUGACAGGCCCAACAUCGUCACAGGCUCUAACGUACACGUAUGUUGGGAAAAAUUUGCAAGGUAUUUUGAAGUGGAGUUGAAGGAGGUGAAGGUAAAGGAAGGGUGCUAUGUGAUGGAGCCUGCAAAAGCCGUUGAGAUGGUGAAUGAGAACACUAUUUGUGUGGUGGCAAUAUUGGGUUCUACUUAUAAUGGAGAGUUCGAAGAUGUCAAGCUCUUAAACGACCUUCUGCUCCAGAAAAACAAGAGAACUGGAUGGGAUACAUGUAUUCAUGUUGAUGCCGCAAGUGGUGGCUUUAUCGCUCCUUUCAUAUAUCCAGAGCUUGAAUGGGAUUUCAGACUCCCUUUGGUGCAAAGCAUCAAUGUUAGUGGUCAUAAGUAUGGUCUUGUCUAUGCUGGAAUUGGUUGGGUUGUUUGGAGGAGCAAUAAUGACUUGCCUCAAGACCUUGUUUUCCAUAUCAAUUACCUUGGUGCUGACCAGCCCACUUUUACCCUCAAUUUCUCCAAAGGUUCUAGUCAAAUUAUUGCUCAAUAUUAUCAGCUGAUUCGCCUGGGACAAGAGGGGUAUCGAAAUGUGAUGGAAAAUUGCAGAGAAAAUGCCAUUAUGCUGAAGGAAGGAUUGGAGAAAACUGGAUGCUUUAACAUACUCUCAAAGGACAACGGAGUUCCUGUGGUGGCAUUUUGUCUUAGGGACAAAAGCUUACACGAUGAGUUUGAGAUAUCAAACAUGUUACGUCGCCAUGGUUGGUGUGUGCCCGCUUAUUCAAUGCCACCCGAUGCUGAGCACAUCAAUGUCCUUCGUGUUGUGAUUAGAGCCGAGUUUUCUCGCACACUUGUUCAACACCUUCUGCUUGACAUCACAAAUGUUCUACGUGAGCUUCACAAACUUCCCCCAAAGUUCAAUGCCCAAAUGAACAACAUGCAUGAUGAAGAGAAGGCUAAGGGUUGCAAUGGGUCCAAGACCGAGAAUGAUCCCUUGUGUUUCUUUAAGCAUACUAAAACAGUUGAUGGACGACCAGAGCACUUGUUUUGGUCAAAUGGUGGGAGUCGCUUUGAUUAUCAAGUAUUUGGAGAUGUUAUGGCUUUUGAUAGUACCUACAAGAAGAACAAGUACAACAAGCCAUUGGUUAUUUUUUGUAGGUACAAUCACCACGGACAAACUACAAUUUUUGGUUGUGCAUUGGUUUCAGAUGAGACAAUUGAGACAUACAAGUGGAUUUUGGAGUCCUUUUUUGAGUUAAUGUUUUGCAAACACCCUAAUGCAGUUGUCAUAGAUGGAGAUGGGGCAAUACGAGAAGCUAUUAAGGUUGUAUUCCCAAAUUGUUUGCAUCAACUAUAUUCAUGGCAUAUCCAACAAAAUGCCAUUGAGAAUGUAAAGAAUCCAAAAUUUUUGGAAGAGUUUAACUCCUUGAUUUAUGCUAACUUUAGUCAUGACAAGUUUGAGGUUGAGUGGAUAAGGAUCAUGGAGAAAUAUGAUGUUGUAAACAACAAGUGGGUGAAGAAAAUGUAUGACGUGAAGUAUAUAUAG